AUGGAGGGAAGCGAAUUUGAUAUUAUUAUAAUUGAACAAUGCUUGCUUGGAGUGAAUGAAGUUGACCUUCUUAAAAUUGGUAGAGAGAUGGAUUUGCCUGUUAUUGUGACAUCCGAGGAUGCUCAACCUAACAUUGUUCAACGGAGUUUGGAAAAUGGCGCCUGUGAUUAUCUGCUGAAGCCUAUCCCGAUGAGUGUUCUUAAGAUGGUGUGGAAAUAUAUGUUUUUCAAGAAAGACAAUAAUGUGUCCAGAGUGAAAAAUCAGCGGAUGUCUUGGACACCAGACUCUCAUGAAAAGUUUGUAGAAAGUGUGCAAAAACUGGGGGGCGCUGCUAGUAUGAGUCUUUUUCGUAAUCUUAUCUGCAUUAAUUUGUUGUUCUCACACUCUAGUCAUUUAUCUGCUCAUGUUCACUUUGUCCAUUGCUUUUAA